UGACACAAAUAUUUAAUUUAGUCCAUUAAAAUACAUUAUUAGAUGUGCAGGUAUUUGGAGUAAAUCAAAUGCAGUCUGAGUGUCACAGACAAUGAUGGAAGCUGAUUUUGCAGUCAUCUAGGCUCACAAGUUUGGUCAUGUGGCAAUUAAGAGGUUAUUGAUAAGGGCGCGUGGCUAAUUGAUUAUAUAUCACACAAAAAAGGCCUGGGGAAAACACUAUCUACUAAGGGCAAAACAUUAAACAUAAAUAAUUGAUGUUGUAUAUCUGUAUUAUUAUAAUGCUGUACUGUGUGGAGAAGUUGAAACUUAUACAUCAACAUACCAAUGUUCUUUUAAUGUCUUGCUUCUAUCAUAACUUAUAAUAUUCAAGCAUUAUUUAUUUGUCCACAGAGAUGACAAUGAUAAGGAAAAAGAACAACUUCAAGAAAAAGAGGACCUAAAGGUUCAGAACAGAAAAUUAGGAGAUGAAAUCUUAGAGCUCAGGAAAAAAGUUGAGCAAGAACAAAACAAAAUCAAGGAGUUAAUGAAGCGAAUAAAAGCCUUCUUCAGGACAACAGUAAUUUUGAAAAGAAGCUCAAUGAGGUUUUUGACAACCUUCAGAAACAGGAUAAAACAGUUCAAGACUUAUUGUACACAAGAAAUAAACAUCUUCAACAUAUUUCUACCCUGGAAAAUGAUGUGAAGAAGUAUAAACAAGACAUUGAUGAUAGAGAUAGAACUAUAAUGUCACUUGGAAAAGAUUGGCAGAGCCUUUCCAAAGAACAUAAUGAUUUAAAAAGCAGAUUUAGCAAAUUAGCAGGCCACAAGCUUACUGAUCAAAACCCAGACCUAUCUGACCCGAGUGAUCCUAACAGAGCCAUGAAGUUGUCUGAUAAGUUUGGGGCUUUGUAUGAUGACGCAUGGACAGAUGCAUUUGAACACCUGACUGGCAAGCAGAAGCAGAAUCCAAGAGAUGUCAUACAAUUUCUUCUGGAACGCUUGAAGGACUGUUGGGAAAGUUGUAAGAAAGUGGCUGAUACAUGGAAGGAGUCCCUGAAGCAUAAAUUCCUUCAUCCUGUACAGGACAAUGACGCAAUGAGUAAAAUGGCAGGUGAAAAAAUGAAACUGCGGCUUGGCUCAAAGGAACAGCGUCUUGUCGGAGAUGCAUGUCUAAAGAUUGCUCCAACGGUUGGAGUACUUGUGAAACAGUAUUUCAUAACACAAAUGAAGACAAACAAGUUGACCAAUGAUUGUUUGACCUACCUCGAAGGAUGUGUUGACGUUUGUUGGCUGAUGGUGUUUGCUGAACCACCCCUCCAUAUAGAUUUCAAUAUAAAACAAGGCGACAAAUUUGACCCAAACCGACAUACUGCAUACUCGUCGUCCGGUGAAACAGUGGAAUUUUUGGUCUGGCCACCCCUGUACAACGCUCUAGAUGGUGGUGGCAUGCUGCUUUCUAAGGGAACAGUUUCCACAGAAAGAAAAAUAGUUAAACAGAGGAAAUAAUUAUAGUAUACAUUUAUAGCAUGAAUUGGUUGUAACAAUAAACCAAAUCAAGCUUAUUUAUUUGUCCAAAAUAAUGUUAUGUAUUUGAAGUUAAAUGUUCUUCUGUUAAAAUAUAGCUAUUCCCCGCAAUGUGGAUGGGCUUAAGUAUUGUAUUUGUAUAACUGUGCAAACAUUAUUUGAGACUGUUACUUCAUCAAUUAUCUGGUCGUAUGACUGAAGUGCAGCUUCCAUUUAUAUAUAACAUCAGCAUUUAUUUAGAGUGAAGAAAAACAAUUGCCAUAAAUGAUUCUUGCAAACAACUGUGGAUUCCCUAGCUCAAAAGUCAAUAUAACAAUUAGAGGUCAAAGGUCAAAUAUUGGAAAUGCACAUAUAAUCCACAAUGUAACUUCACUGAUUAUGUUAUUUUGAAAAAAGUCCGCCAAAAUAAUUACAGUUUGUCAUGCUUGAACAGUUUUCAUAGCCUUGUCGACAUGCCACCAGUCUGAUGCUAUAAAGGUGUUGUUAGUGCUUCUGUGUCAAGCUGUUACUUUGUUUACGUAUUUGUUUCUAUACCAAGCUUUUGUACUUGUUAGCUUUUCUGUAUUGAUUGUAAUGUUGGUACAUGCAUUUUUUAUCCUUGAUGUUAAAAGCAACACAAAAUUAGUGACUUUAAAUUAUGUUGAUGCAAUUGUAAAUAUUUUUUUUUGAAGGUUUGAAUGUCAAUUCAAUGUUUAAUUUCUGCUCCAUAACAUGUGGUCUUUUGACAUAAUUGAAUAUAUGGGACAUUUAUUCCCAAAGAUCAGAGACAUACAUUUACAUACAAAUGGGUAAAUAAUAGACCAAGGUCAUGGUUCAAUAGCAAUUUUCAACAGCUCUGCAGAAAAAAACAUAACUUAUUUUGCAUGUUAAAAUUGGAAGCAUGUUUUUGUUACUUUUGGUUAGACUAUGGCUGGAGCUAACGAAUGUGUGAUCAUUUCCAAAUGUGUAAUCUAUUCUUUUUUCUUUUUGAUGUCAUUUUAUGAUUUCAAUAAAUUCCAUUAGUUUUUAUAUGUAUAUUUUUAGACUUGUUUAGCUCAUCUAUUGUUUGAAAAAAAAGAGCUAUUGUCAUCACCUUGGCGUCGGCAUCCGUUUAAUUGUUGUGUUUAGGUCCACUUUUCUCAUCAAUUAUCAAAGCUUUUGCAUUCAAACUUGGUACACUUACUUACUGUUAUGAGGGGACUGGGCAGGCAAAGUUAGAUAGCUCUGUCUAGCAUUUUGAUAGAAUUAUAAGCCCUUUUACACUUAAAAAAUUGAAAGUUUGGUUAAGUUUUGUGUUUAGGUCCAUUUUAUUCCAAGAUUAUCAAAGCUAUUGCUUUCAUACUUGCAACACUAACUAACUAUCAUAAGGGGACUGUGUAGGCAAUGUUAUGUAACUCUGGCUGGCAUUUUGACAGAAUUAUGUGCCCUUUUUAUACGUAGAAAAAUUUGGUUAAGUGUUGUGUUUUGGUCCACUUUACUCCUAAAGUAUCAUAGCUAUUGCAUUCAGACUUGGAACACUCGCUAAAUGUCAUAAAGAGACUGUACAGGACAAGUUGCAAAACUCUGGUUGUAAAUUUUACGGAAUUAUGGCCCUUUUUUAACUUAGUUACUUUUAAUAUUUGGUUUAAUUUUGUGUUUAGGUCCACUUUACUUCUAAAGUAUCAAUGUUAUUGCUUUCAAACUUCAAAUACUUGCAUACUAUCAUGAAUGUACUGUACCUGGCAAGUUGAAUUUGACCUUGACUUUUGAAUGACCUUGACCCCAAGGUCAAAUUAUUAAAUUUUGCUAAAUAUCCAUUACUUCUUUAUUUAUGAUGACAUUUGAUUGAUACUUUGACAACUUUGACAAAACAACACUUACCUGACACACCACAAAAGACUCCUACCAAAUCAUCCCCAUUCCCCAACCCAGAAUCCCCUCCCCCCCCCAAAAAAAUGUUUU